ACAGUCUAAUCAUCAUUCCGCAAUUAAUUAAGCAAAUGUCUAAGGAAGAAGAAACCACCACUCCGGGCAGCUCCAUGCAUGGAGUUUCGGCCAAAGAACAAUCCUUCGCAUUCUGUGUCACCUCCGAUCCCACAAUUCCGACUGACCCCACCGCCAAAUUCUCCCUCCCAGUCGACUCCGAACACAAAGCCAUAGUCUUCAACCUUCUCUCCUUAGCCAAACCCCACAUGGUCACCUUCCACCUCUCUUGGCUCUCCUUCUUCACCUGCUUUGUCUCCACCUGCUUUGUCUCCACCUUCGCGGCUGCUCCCCUUGUUCCUAUCAUCAGAGACAACCUAAACCUCACCAAAAGAGACAUCGGAAACGACGGUAUUGCCUCCGUCUUCGGCAGCAUCUUCUCUAGGCUCGUGAUGGGUGCAAUAUGUGACCUAUUAGGCCCGCGCUACGGCUGCGCCUUUCUCAUCAUGCUAUCCGCCCCCACCGUGCUUUGCAUGCCGUUUGUUUCUUCUGCCGGAGGAUAUGUAGCCGUUAGAUUCAUGAUCGGAUUCUCCCUCGCAACGUUCGUUUCGUGCCAGUACUGGAUGAGUACAAUGUUCAAUGGCAAGGUAAUUGGCCUCGUUAAUGGGACAGCGACCGGAUGGGGCAACAUGGGAGGUGGAGUGACUCAGCUUCUGAUGCCAAUGAUCUACGAGGUGAUCCGGAGAGCCGGCGCCACUUCAUUCACAGCCUGGAGAAUUGCAUUUUUCAUCCCGGGAUGGUUGCAUGUGAUUAUGGGAAUUUUGGUCUUGAGCUUAGGUCAAGACUUACCCGAUGGAAACCUUAGCACUUUGCAAAAGAAAGGAGAUGUUCAGAAAGAUAAAUUCUCUAAGAGAGAAAUGUCGAGGACAUAUGGAAAUUCAUUCUCACGAGGUUCUACUUCACGUGGUGCAUCGACUUCGUCUAGCUGUCCUCCUUUCAUCUUAUAUGAUGGUAUUCCCGAGUACGACUACCCACCACCCAUUCGCCAUUGUGACUAUGGUAAGUUUGCUCCACGGUGGACUGCAUGGAGGGACUCAAAUCCAGGUCGUCGCUUUUAUGGAUGUCCAGAUUUUAGGGAAGAGGAUGUGUCGAAGAAGUGUGAUUACUUUGUGUGGCAUGAUACAUACUUCACCCAGAGGGCCAAAGAUGUUAUUUGGUACCUCUAUAACGAAAGGAAGAAACUGUUAAGGGAAAAUUCUGAGCUAAGGAAGCAGUUGAAGCAUAGUCAUGAGGAAGAGGUUGAGCAAACGAGGCAAAGGCAAAGUGUUAGUGUGAACGAGGGGAUAGAGGAAACUGCAACUAAUCAGCCAGUGGAAGAAGUUGGUUGUGAUCAACUGUCUAAAAUUAAUAAGGUGGAAAAGAGGAUGCAUGAAAUGGAGAAUUUGUUGGAAAAGAAAAUGCAGACUGCAUUCUGUAAACUUGGAUGUGUUAUUGUUGCACUUUGAUUUCUGAAUUUGGCAUUUAUAAACUUCUUGUUUUGGUAGAAUGUUGGAAAUUUGAGUGUGGUUAAGUGUGUUUUUGGGCAUUUCAUGUAACUUUGGAAAUGGCCAGAAGUUAUACCCAAUUUGGCCAAAAAUCUGCAUGAAAUGAAAUGUCUUGUUUUGU